AGCUGAUUUUUGGUGCACAUGUAGAACUCGACGAGCUCUACGCGGUGAACGUCUCCGAUCGUCGGACCGAUGCCGGAAAAGCCUCGCCGGAGGCCGUGCAGCACGCUGUGCAGCACGAAGCUGCACAGCACGCUCCCUCUGUCCACUUUACCGUAAUUCACCCCAAACCAAAAUCUAUCCAUUUUCGAACCCAAACCAAAAAUUCUCCCCAAAACCCUCCACCGUCACUUCUUCGCAGCAUUCCUAAACCCUAGAACACCACCGCCAUGCUUCAUCACUCCACCAUUAUUUCACAGUCUCCUCUUGAGCACCACCGAGUCUCUCUCUCUUCAAAUCUCUCUCACUCUCUCUCCUUCCCAUCUGGGUUUGGCAGCAGCUCGACCUUUCUUCCAACAGUUAGAAGAAAAGCCCAUAUUAGUGAUAAGGAAUACCCAAUUGUAAGGUGUUCUGUAUCCCAUGUCGGAAAAUCGACGAUAGGAUGGAGCGGAUUGUACAAGAGGAUAUCGUUUAUGCAGGAUACAGAAAUGGGUGCUGAGAGAGUGUUGAACCAGCACGAGAAACAAGGGAAGAGGGUCAGUAAGUGGGAGCUUGGGAGGAUUAUUACGGAGCUGAGAAAAGUUGGGCGGUACAAGCGUGCUCUUGAGGUAUACGAGUGGAUGAACAACAGAGCACAGAAGUAUAGCACAUCCACCAGAGAUGCAGCAAUUCAAUUAGGUCUAAUAGCCAAGGUGCGUGGAGUUUUAGAUGCUGAAGAGUACUUCCUGAAGCUGCCAGAUACAUUCAAGGAUGAGCGAACACAUGGGGCUCUUCUAAAUGCCUAUGUCCAGGCUAAAUCGAGAGAAAAGGCGGAGUCUUUAAUUGAGAAAAUGAAAGCUGAAGGUCACGUCAUGCACUCGCAGCCGUUCAAUUCAAUGAUGAGUCUCUAUGUCAACCUUGAAGAGUAUGAUAAAGUUGACUUGGUAGCUUCAGAGAUGAGGCAGAAAAACGUAUGUUUAGAUAUUUACUCCUAUAAUAUCUGGCUAUCAUCUUGUGGGGCCCAAGGAUCUGUUGAAAAAAUGGAACAAGUGUUUGAAACGAUGAUGGGGAAUAGCAUUAGACCCGACUGGAGUACUUUCAGCACCAUGGCUGCGAUUUAUAUUAAACUGGGGCAUUUUGAAAAAGCAGAAAGCUGUAUAAAGAAGGGUGAAAGCAGAAUCAAAGGUUGGGAUAAAGUUGCUUAUCAUUAUGUUAUUAGUUUGUACAGUAGUGUUGGUAAAAGGGAGGAGGUUUAUCGCGUUUGGAAAGUGUAUAAAUUACUAUUUCCGCGCAUUCCAAAUUUGGGUUACUAUACUAUGAUCUCUUCUUUGGUUCGGCUGGGUGAUAUUGAAGGGGCGGAACAACUUUACGAGGAAUGGCAGCUCGGGAAGUCAAAUAAUGAACCUCGAAUAGUAAAUGUGCUCAUGUCUUGUUAUGUUAGAAAUGGGCUUUUGGAGAAAGCUGAGGCUUUGUUUGACCAAAUGAUUGUAUUAGGAGGAAAGCCAAAUUCAAAGACAUGGGAGACUCUCGCAGAAAGGUACAUUAAAGAAAAUAGGGUUUUUGAUGCGUUGUCUUGCCUGAAGGAGGCUCUUUUGGUCGAUGGAUCAAAGAAGAAGUGGAAACCAAGGGCCCAUACUGUGUUUUCCAUUCUCAAAAUAUGCGAACAAAAUGAAGAUACGGAAAGCAAGGACGUUUUAAUGGGGUUGUUGAGGCAAGUGGGGUGUUUUGAAGAUGAAGCUUACAUGACUUAUCUCUCUUCAACUUCUGAUGAGGAACGACGAAUGGAGAAAGGUAGUACUCAUGGCAAGGUUGAUGACGAUAAGAAUGGCCAUGUAUCCGAAAAGCUCAUCAACGAGCUACUUUCCAACAGUCUUAUUGACGUCUCGCUUGCUUAGAAUCAUAUCUAUUUUGAGGCGAAGGGAUUUCCGAUUUUAUUUUUCGCCUCUUAGUUCAGGAAAGAGAGUUCUUGUCAUGGAAAUCAUCUAGUGCUUUCGGGAAACUCGGAAUCUUCCAGGGUCUUACCUUUCUUUUGCUAAACGAGCCUCCAGAAUGGGUAAAGUGCAUUUGGGCAUGGAAGUGAAUCAACCUAGUUGCUUCUGUUGUAUACUUUUAUCUAAUGGUUUUUGGGAAUCUGUUUCAGGUCAUCCUUCGUCCAUACAAACUCGCAAAAGCUUCAAUUGUUUAGCUUGAUUGAGGCAAUGGUGUCCUCCCAAA